UCGGACUCUCUCACUAAACUCAAUUACUACGCACUUCUCUCUCUACAAAGGAAACUGACUCAAUAUUCGAAGGGCUAACGGGCCCGAGCGCCCCCCUCUGUGUUCUUGUGUGUAGGCCAGACGCCUAGUGUCAAAGGAGCAAGUUUGGGCGCCUGAGCAAUCGGUGGCGUGGCACCUAGGCUCAAACAGUAGUACUUGGAUAAUUUAAUUUGAAUUAUAAUGGGUUUGGUUAAAUUUUUAGUUUGUUUGGUUUUGAUAGUUUGAUUUGGUUUAACACUGCUAAUCAAUUAAAAUAAUUAACCAAUUAAGAAAUUAACAAUAUAUCUAAUAUUAUAUAACAUAUUCUCAAUAUUUUGUAUUACCACCCAAGAGUCAAAAGUUCAUUCCUUUUAAAUCCAUAAAAAAUAAAGCUCAUAAUUAUUCAUAAACAUGAGCUCAUAAUUUAAACAAAGAUCACACAUUGUAUUGGAUGAAAACCUGAAAGGAAUAGAUUUUUAGCAUCUGAUAACUGCUAAGAGAUUAAGACAAUUUACAUGCCAAACUUAUUACCCCACGCCAUUGAUAAUAUUUUUGUUAGGUAGCUACUUCUAAUAUUGUAAGAUAAUUAUAUUAGUAACAUGUGUUUGUUAAGAGUUAACUAUAAGUUUAUUAUUAUGUUUUAUUCCUUUCUAUGUACGUAUUAUGGAUUGAUGCAUUAAGAGUAUAUUUUUUCUCAUUUAAUGAUAAUGCUAUGUUAUAUUGAUUGACACAAUUAACCAAUUAACCAAAUCGAGUAAACUUUAAUAUGAUUAAUUUGGUGGUUAUGAUAAUUUGGACGAAUUGGUUUAAAUAUUGUAUUCCAUGAUUAAUAGAAUUUUGACUUAACUGUCUUGGUAAUUGUCAUAGUGAUACGAUCCCAAAUUGCUUGUAUUUGAGGCUUCCCUAGAUUGGACAAGAAGCAAGGAUAAUGAGGGCCAAAGAACGACUAAUUUGGCUAAGUGUUUUUUAUGUUUCAGGUUACUCAUUUUGGAGGCUUGGUUCUCUCGAGUCUCUCCAUGGAAAUUCAAGUUUGACGGCUUGUUUUGAAGGUGGAGAGUUCCUAUACAAUAUGGAAGACUUGGAGGUUGAAGGUGAGGUCUGGAAGGUCGCGAUCAAAGUUCUCCAAGUUGCUAAUGCGAAAACCGAGAAGCUGUCUGUUUUUUACCAAGGCAAAACACGAGUUCGAGGUGCUGACUUUGAGGCUUCAUAUCUGGGGUUUGGGGCAGAACCAGGAGGUGAUUCAAGUUGGAGAAGAUAGAGUGAAACUUUCUAAACCCAGAACGGGCAUUGGUUGAUGUCAACUUGGCUGGGAAGACGAGGAUCAAAGGGUCCAAAGAUGCUAGCGGGAGCUGCCAGAAAUCGGAGUUACAUUCGGAUUCCAAGUUCUUUGAGGAUUACUUGUUUAAUUCGUUUCCAAGUUGAAUUAGGUUAAUUUCAGUUCUAGUUUUAGUUUGUCUGUAGUUGUUUAAGCCUAUAAAAGGCCUCAUUAUCGAAUCGUAACACAGAGAGUUGAUUUAUGAAGAAAACCCCAAAUUCUCAACGGUUUGAGUUGUGAGUUGUCUUGGUUUUGGUUGCGAUCAAAGCUUGCUGAAUCAGGUCUAUUGAUUGAGCAAACCCACUCGAUUAAAUCGAAGGCUAACGACCGUGCAAUCUCCCAUGUGUGAGAUUUCCCCUUCGUUUACAUCCAAUUGGCUUCCAAACUGGCUUACCUAAGCUUGUGGAAGAACCCUGUUUUGUGAACUUGUUCGAGGAAGGCUAAUCCGAGGCUUCGAGACCUCUUGACUGCGUGAACUCUAACUAAAACCCUGAUUAGGGAUUUAUCACAUGGUAACCAUUUGUACACCCCUAUUUAUUACCAUAACAUCUUGGCUAUCCAAUAUCCAUAGACGCCAUUCGUCGAUGGUUGUUGAAGGCUUUCCUCCCUCUUUCAUUUGACUCAUCUAUUAAGUUUAUCACUGCUCGUUUCUUCUUACAGCUCUUUUCGACCGAUUGAUCUAGGGUUUUACUCUUCCAAAUUCUACCUCCUCGUCACCGGUCUUACUUCAGAUGCACAAACUCAAUAGGGGAAUGAGUCUUUUUUUAAUCCAAUACCAUGUUCGAUAUAAGCGGAAACCUUGCAACUAAUGUUGUGAAAUUUUUCAUUUUCACUCUUCACCAGCUUGUUACGAGAGAAGCCAUCAUUGCAAUUCGACAAUUUUCUUGGUUUGUUUAUCAUUUUAUAUAUUUUCUUUAUUAUUUUGAGUUUCGUAUUAUUUUAGAUUUUUGUUAUAGUUAUUAGUUAGAAGUUUGGAACCCUAGGCAUGGUUAAUAAUAUGAAAAGAUUGGAACUCUAUGUUUCUUUUGCUUGGUUAUUUCUUUGUUCAGUUUAGUAAUUUUGUAGCUGUUUUGGAUUGUUCUCGCUAUUAACGAGAUCCUCAAUUCGAGAGUUUCGAGCAACACAUCCCAAACCAGUAACACAACUCUACACGGUUAGUCAUCAAACCAAAACGUAAACAUCAAAUAUACCUACGUCGAACAAUCAACCAUAAACCCAUUUGCCAAACUUCAAAAUCAGGAUGCUACCAUCCAUCACCCAAGAACAAACAAACCACUAGUCUUACUGUACGUAUUUCAAUAGUAGCAAGCGAACAGUACUCUAGGGCAUCGCGUACUUCUUAAAGACCAUGCUUUUCCAGCCAACGCCUCUGCCCUUUUCGUACUAGUGUCAAUCGAGCUUUUGAUGCCGGCGCAGAAUUCAUCAGCGAGCCUUCUGAAGGUUGGAUGAGAAUUGGAUUAGUUGGACAUUUUAGUGGAUGGACAAAAUUGGAUUGGAUUGAUGGAUUGGAAAGGAAAUUGCCACCUCUAUUACCUUAUGACACUUGGUAUGGGGCGAGUGUGUAUUAGAGAUAAAUAAAAGAAUUUAAUUAUU